GACACGUUAGCGUUCUCUUUGCUCAGACCAGAAAAUGUGUAUUAAGAGACACCGAACCCGAAGCCCCAUCCUGUUUCCCUCCCUAUCGCUAGUUUAGGCUCGGCGGGGGCGGGGGGGGGGGAGAAGGACAUAUCCGGGGCCAGAGAUUUCAGGGGAAGGAGGUGGGAUGACGUAAGGUCACGUGACUGCCGGCAGCGUUGUCAACAAUCCACCCCGGGGGGAGGGGGCGAAGUAUCUAGAAUCACGUGUCCCUAUGACGCGUUAGAACGGGUCACGUGAGAGCGUCGCCAGGAUCUGAGGUUCAGUCAGGUCUAUGAAGCCGGUGGCUAAGUUUGCCGGGUUGAGGGCGUGAUAUUCCUUUAUUAGUUGUUCCCCGUUUCUCCCCGGUAUAGGGACAUUACCGAAGAGAUCGUGGCAGAGCAACAGCUUCUUUUGCAUCUGUUUUCUUUAAAACGGAACUCCAAAUAAUUUGGACUUUACUGCCCUCUGGUUGGUUCCAUGGCUUACCAACUCUGAAGUGGAAACCCAGUUUGAAAAAUGGAGAUGUAUGAAACCCUUGGAAAAGUGGGAGAGGGAAGUUACGGAACAGUCAUGAAGUGCAAACAUAAGGAUACUGGACAGAUAGUGGCCAUUAAGAUAUUUUAUGAGAAACCAGAAAAAUCUGUCAACAAAAUUGCAGCAAGAGAAAUAAAGUUUCUAAAGCAAUUUCAUCAUGAAAACCUGGUCAAUCUGAUUGAAGUUUUUAGACAGAAAAAGAAAAUUCAUUUGGUAUUUGAAUUUAUUGACCACACAGUAUUAGAUGAGUUACAGCAUUAUUGUCAUGGACUAGAGAGUAAACGACUUAGAAAAUAUCUCUUCCAGAUCCUUCGAGCAAUUGAAUAUCUUCACAAUAAUAAUAUCAUUCAUCGAGACAUAAAACCUGAGAAUAUUUUAGUAUCCCAGUCAGGAAUUACAAAGCUCUGUGAUUUUGGUUUUGCACGAACACUAGCAGCUCCAGGGGACAUUUAUACGGACUAUGUGGCCACACGCUGGUAUAGAGCUCCAGAAUUAGUAUUAAAAGAUACUUCUUAUGGAAAACCUGUGGAUAUUUGGGCUUUGGGCUGUAUGAUCAUUGAGAUGGCCACCGGAAAUCCCCAUCUUCCUAGCAGCUCUGAUUUGGAUUUACUCCACAAAAUUGUUUUAAAAGUAGGCAAUUUGACACCUCACUUGCAGAAUAUUUUUUCUACAAGUCCCAUUUUUGCUGGGGUGGUCCUUCCUCAAGUUCAACAUCCCAAAAAUGCAAGAAAAAAAUACCCAAAGCUUAAUGGAUUGUUGGCAGAUAUAGUUCAUGCUUGUUUACAAAUUGAUCCUGCUGAGAGGAUAUCAUCUACUGAUCUUUUACAUCAUGAGUAUUUUACCAGGGAUGGAUUUAUUGAAAAAUUUAUACCAGAACUGAGAGCUAAAUUACUACAAGAAGCAAAAGUCAAUUCGUUCAUAAAGCCAAAAGAGAGUUCUAAAGAAAAUGAACUCAUGAAAGAUGAAAGAAAAACAAUUUGUACCAAUACACUGCUACAUAGCUCAGUUUUGGGAAAGGAAAUAGAAAAAGAGAAAAAGCCCAAGGAGAGCAAAGUCAGAGUUACUAAAGUCAAAGGAGGAAAAGGAGAUAUCUCAGAACUGAAAAAGACAGAGUAUGAAGGUGGACAUUGUCAACAAGAUGCAGUCGAAAAUGCUCAUGCUCUGUCUCAAGAUGUAAAACCUGUAAUCAUUGAACCACCAAACCCUGUUAAUCCCAGCACUAACUCUAAUGGCAUGAAAGAAGGUCUACAUUCUGGAAGCUGUAUGACAAUGCCACCCAUCAAUCUAACUAGCAGUAAUUUGAUGGCUGCAAAUCCCAAUUCAAAUAUCUCUCACCCCAAUACAAGGUUAACUGAAAGAGCAAAGAAGAGACGUACUUCACAAUCCAUCGGACAAAUUAUGUAUAAUAGCAAGCAAGAGGAUACAGCUCCCACUCAAGUAAGGCAAGAAGCUAAGGGGUAUAUUAAUGAGCGAACAGGUCAAAGUGACCAAAUGGCAAGUGGGAACAAAAGGAAGCUGAAUUUUCCAGAUCUGACAGGAAAAUUCCAUUUUCCAGAAUUGCCUUUCACAGUACAAUCAAAGGAUAUAAAAGGAAUGGAAGAAUUUCCAGUUGAAGUUCUUAAAAAGGAAAGUAAAGAUUCAAGAUCAUCUAAAAUACCAACUUACUUAAUGGUGACCUCAAAUCAAGAAAACAACGAGGGUGGAGAUGGCCAUUAUGAGGGGAAGAAUUUGAAGAGGAACAGAUUUUUUUUCUGGUAG